CUCUGUGGUCUCUUCCUCCUAAGUAUAUAACUAGACGGCCAAAGACCAAAGUAAACUCGCUCAUUCCCUCUCUCUCACCUUCGCCCAUUAAAAAAAAAAACAAGAAGAAGAAAAAACAUUUUCCCGGCAACCUUCUCCGAUGACGGCACGUCAGCACCGAGUUGCCACCUCCUCCUUCUUCUUCCUCCUCGUCACCCUCGUUUUCCUUCUCUCGGUCUCAGGGGGCGUGAGUACUGGAGAGGCGGAGGGACGGCAGUUGUUCAAUUUGAAGCCGAGCAAGCUGUUGGUGUUCGGGGACUCGUACGUCGACACUGGAAACAUCAGGAAGGCCAUCUCCCGCUCCUGGAAGUUCCCCUACGGCCUCACCUUUCCCGGAAAACCCACCGGCCGUUUCUCCGACGGCCGCGUUCUCACCGACUACCUUGCAAGGUUCAUCGGGGUGAAGUCGCCGAUCCCAUACAAGUGGAGGAAGAUUGGGUAUAAGUCAGUGAGAUACGGCAUGAAUUUCGCCUACGGCGGGACUGGUGUGUUCGACACCUUGGCUCCGCUGCCCAAUAUGACUACCCAGAUCGAUUUCCUUCAACAGAUUGUCAGCGAAAACACCUACUCCGCUUCGGACCUCCACAGCUCCGUCGCCCUCGUCUCCGUCGCCGGCAACGACUACUCCUCUUACCUCGCCCGAAACGGCUCUCUUCAGGAUCUGCCGGCAUUCAUAUCCCAAGUGGUGAACCAAACGAGCAAGAACCUAAUCCGGCUCCACGGCGCCGGCGUCAAGAAAGUAAUGGUGACGGGGCUCCCUCCCCUUGGAUGCCUGCCGGCCACAACCGCAUCCAACUCCUUUCAACAAUGCGACCAGAGCCUGAAUCAGCUCGUCACCCUCCACAACCUCCUCCUAACCCAAUCCGUCGCCGCCCUCAACAAUGCCACCGGAGGUCCCACCUUCGUCAUGCUCGACAUGUACGGCGCAUUCAUGGCCGCGCUGCCCAACGGCAACAACAACAACAACAAGUCGGCGCUGAAGCCGUGCUGCGUGGGGACGAGCGCCAGCGACUCGUGCGGGAGCGUUGACGAGGACGGCGGCGGGAUGAAGAGGUACACCGUGUGCCAGGAUCCGGAGGCGGCCUUCUUCUGGGACGGCGUCCACCCGACGCAGGCCGGCUGGCGGGCUGUGUACUCGGCUCUCAAAUCGAAUCUUAUGCAGCUUUAAUUAGUUCAAGCGAAGGUCAUAAAUAAAUAAAUAAAAAUUAUAAUUGGUUGGUGUGAUGUGACAGAACAGAACAGAAGAAGAACUAUGUGUAAUUUGGCUGGCUCGUGCCAAGUUUUAGAUUAGAGGGUCUGGUUAAUUGCUUGCAGGUGGUGUUUCUGUUAGUUAGUUAACCCAGUAAGUAUUCAGUUCAGCCUCUUUCAGAUUCUUUCUUUUUUUUCUAGACUACUGGUGUCAUUAGGCUUAAACAGACUUAAUAAUAUUGGGCCUCUGCCCCCUUUUCGUCGAACAAGGCCGGGAAGUCGACGUAGAGAAAUGGCCCCAAUUGGGCUGGGAAUGAAUGCGACUGUCUCGAUCUGUAUUAU